GUUAGCCUGUUUGUGAUGUGUAGUGAUAGUAGUAGUAGUAGUAGUAGAGAUGAUCAAGAAGUAGAGCUUUCUUCAAUAGCACCAAUGGAGAGAAAAGAGCAAGAAGCUCUAUACUAUUCUAUUCAAGGCUUUGUGGGAAAGUGGUGGAACGGUUCAGAUCUCUACCCAGACCCUUGUGGAUGGACCCCAAUACAGGGCGUUUACUGUGAUCUCUAUGAUGGGUUGUGGUAUGUUUCUGCUAUAAACAUUGGGCCAGUUUAUGAGAACUCUCUCAGAUGCUCACCAAAGCCAGAAUUCUCACACCACUUAUUCAAGCUCAAGCACCUAAAAUCCCUCUCAUUCUUCAGUUGCUUCAUGAUCUCACCACUCAGAAUCUCCAGUUUAAGAUGGGAAAAAUUCAGCAACAGCUUAGAGUCUCUAGAGUUCAGAUCAAACCCGAGUCUUGUCGGAACGAUGCCAACCGCCAUAGGAUAUCUCAGGAAACUCAACUCUUUGGUGCUUCUUGAAAAUGGGUUAUCAGGGAAAUUGCCAAUGGAGAUGGGAAACUUGGUUAAAUUGAGGAAACUUGUUCUCCAAGCAAACCAUUUUGCUGGUCAAAUUCCUACAAGUUUUGGGCAAUUGGGUCAACUCUUAAUACUUGAUUUAAGCAGGAACAACUUGUCAGGUUCAAUGCCGUUGUCUUUUGGAUCUUUGAGUUCACUUCUGAAGCUUGAUUUGAGCAACAAUGUUUUACAAGGUAAAUUGCCAAUGGAGCUUGGAAAUCUCAAGAAUCUCACUUUGUUAGACCUCGGAAAAAACAACUUUUCGGGCGGGUUGGUUGAGUCACUAGAAGAAAUGGGUUCUUUGAAAGAAAUGGUGAUAUCAAACAACCCAAAACUCGGGGGUGAUUUGAGGAACAUUCAAUGGAAGUACCUUAGAAAGUUGGAGAUUUUGGAUCUUUCUAACACAGGUUUGGCAGGUGAAAUUCCAGGGGCAAUGGCUGAAAUGGGAAAGCUUAGGUUUCUGGGGCUUAAAAGUAACAAUCUUUCUGGAAAUGUCCCAAUAAGUUUGUCAUUUCUGCCUUGUAUUAGUACACUUUACCUUAAUGGGAACAAUUUGGCUGGAGAAGUUGGGUUUUCAGGAGGGUUUUAUAGGAAAAUGGGAUGGCGUUUUGGAGCUUGGGACAACCAAAAUCUUUGUUACAAUGGUGAUUUGAUUUCUGAAAGUUAUGCUCCAUUUGGGGUAAAACCAUGCGGUGAGAGAGAAUCUAGUAAUCAUAAGGGAGUUAAAAAUGAAAAGAUAAGUACUACUGAAGUGAGUGAUAAUUCCUAUUUUGUGGAAUCUUUGGGAUGCUCAAGUUGUUGUCGUGGUGGGUUUUGGGGGAUAUUUUUGGUACAACAAAUUACUGUUAUUUUUCUUUGGGAUGUAUUAUUGUAG